UUUUUAAAUGGAAGGUUAAAUGUGUAGAACGUAUUUUUCGGUAAAAAAAUAGGUGCUAGAUAUGUGAAAUGAAUUUUAGCAAAAUAAUCACAUAAUGACAAAAAGCCAACUAUCCUUUAGACUUCGCCAAAAUGCCCCUCAACAAAACCGGAGGGAAUCGCGCGAGAAAAGCCACAAGAAAACGCAGAAACCUCAAACCACAAAAGUAGACACUACCAGUCCAGGACUUAUUUUCCCAGCCGGAGAUACAGCUUUCAAAUCGUUGUUAUCCGCAAGGUUUUGUGCAGCAAUAUGGUCCCAUAUAUCGGAUUGUGAUGAGACUUACAAUUAUUGGGAGCCGAUGCAUUAUUUAAUAUUCGGAAAAGGCUUGCAAACAUGGGAAUACAGUCCGGAAUUUGGUUUGAGAUCAUACUUUUACCUAAUGGUACACGCAGCACCUGCUUGGAUAUACCACAAAUUGCUCCAACCGAAUCCUCUCCUCAUGUUCUACUUCAUAAGGUGUAUCUUAGGCCUCUUUUGCGCUGUGUCGGAAGUGUAUUUUUACAAAUCAGUGUGCAGAGAAUUCGGGGUACAUAUUGGUAGAAUUUGCCUGGCAUUCCAACUGUUUGCAGCAGGAAUGUUCGUUUCGAGUACCGCUUUCUUACCAUCGAGUUUCGCUAUGUACACCACGACGGCUGCUUGUGCUGCUUGGUGGCAACAAAAGUUUCCACUGGCGAUAUUUUUUACUGCGCUGGGCUCGAUUUUAGGAUGGCCGUUUGCAUGUAUAUUAGGCGUACCGAUAGCGUUCGAUAUGUUAGUGAGAAGAAAAUUGUACCUGCAAUUUGCAGCUUGGUCUGCUCUAUGCGCUCUAGUCAUUUUAGUGCCGAUGGUCGUUGUAGAUUCGAUGCUAUUUGGUAAAAUUACAGUAGCACCUUUCAACAUUGUAAAAUACAAUGUAUUUGGCGGUGCCGGACCUAAUCUAUACGGAACUGAACCUCUUUCAUUUUAUCUUUUUAACGGUUUUGUUAAUUUUAAUAUUAUAUGGGUUUUAGCUUUACUAAGUCCGAUCGCACUGAUUUUGCACUACUUUUUCGUCCCUACGAAAAAUAAAUGUACCUUUUAUUUGCCGUAUUGGCUGUCGUUGAGUCCUCUCUAUUUGUGGUUGGCGGUCUUCAUGCUUCAGGAACACAAAGAAGAGCGGUUUUUGUUUCCAGUGUACCCGUUGAUAUGCCUUAGUGGGGCCAUAACGUUAGACAUUGUACAGAAAUUGUUUUUCCGUUUACUGAAUUUGUUUCAAAAGAUGCCGCACGGGACGCAUUACUUGGACAAGACAAUGUUCAUUAUGUUUAUAACUAUUAUACUCACUUCAUUAUUAGGCAUAUCUAGAGUAUUUUCGCUAUACAGAAAUUAUCACGCUCCUUUCGAUCUUAUGAUGGAGUUAAAUAGAUAUCCAGUGGAUGUGAAAAUAUCGGAGAGAGCUCAGGUGAACGUGUGUUUCGGGAAAGAAUGGCACAGAUACCCCAGUUCAUUCUUCUUGCCAAAUAAUAACUGGAAUAUUAGGUUUAUAAAAUCGGAAUUUGAUGGAAUGCUACCGGCUCCUUAUUCGGAAUUGGAGAAUGGUACAAUGAUCGUUCACAAAUAUUUCAAUGAUCUCAACAAGGAAUCGCCUGAAUUGUAUUUCGACAUCAACAAAUGCCAUUUCCUUUUAGACUCUGAUUUGGGCAAAGAAACGCCGCUAGAACCGAAUUAUUCCAAUCAGAAAGACCGAUGGAAAGUAAUAAAAUCGUAUAAAUUUUUAAACGCUGAAAAGUCUCACAGUUUUUUCCGGGCUUUUUUAAUAUUCGUAGUUUCCGAUAAGUAUAUCACUUUUGGCAAUUUCAGUUUGUUGCAAUCUACCAAAUUGAAGAUCAAGUAAAACCCAGCAAUAUUAAAUUUUGUACAUUCCAAUGAGCAGCGUUUUUAAUAAGUACUUAUAGUAAUAAUUUGUUUACAGUAAAUAUGGUGUCGAGUGUUUAUGUGAAUGUAAAGUGUUUGAAUUAUAUAAUACUUGUGAUAA